AUGGCGGCGCUGAGCGGCGGCUGCGGCGCCGGCGCGGAGCAGGGCCAGGCUCUGUUCAACGGGGACAUGGAGCCGGAGGCCGGCGCUGCGGCCUCUUCGGCGGCGGAUCCUGCCAUUCCCGAGGAGGUGUGGAAUAUCAAACAAAUGAUUAAGUUGACACAGGAACAUAUAGAGGCCCUACUGGACAAAUUCGGUGGGGAGCAUAAUCCACCAUCAAUAUACCUGGAGGCCUAUGAAGAAUACAUCAGCAAGCUAGCUGCCCUCCAACAAAGAGAACAACAGUUAUUGGAAUCCCUGGGGAAUGGAACUGAUUUUUCUGUUUCUAGCUCUGCAUCAAUGGACACCGUUACAUCUUCUUCCUCUUCUAGCCUUUCAGUGCUACCUUCAUCUCUUUCAGUUUUUCAAAACCCCACAGAUGUGUCACGGAGCAACCCCAAGUCACCACAAAAACCUAUCGUUAGAGUCUUCCUGCCCAAUAAACAGAGGACAGUGGUACCUGCAAGGUGUGGAGUUACAGUACGAGACAGUCUAAAGAAAGCACUGAUGAUGCGAGGUCUUAUCCCAGAGUGCUGUGCUGUUUACAGAAUUCAGGAUGGAGAGAAGAAACCAAUUGGCUGGGACACUGAUAUUUCCUGGCUUACAGGGGAAGAAUUGCAUGUAGAAGUGUUGGAAAAUGUUCCACUUACAACACACAACUUUGUACGAAAAACUUUUUUCACCUUAGCAUUUUGUGACUUUUGUCGAAAGCUGCUUUUCCAAGGUUUCCGCUGUCAAACAUGUGGUUAUAAAUUUCACCAGCGUUGUAGUACAGAGGUUCCACUGAUGUGUGUUAAUUAUGACCAACUUGAUUUGCUGUUUGUCUCCAAGUUCUUUGAGCACCACCCAAUACCACAGGAGGAGGCCUCCUUAGCAGAGACUGCCCUUACAUCUGGAUCAUCCCCUUCUGCACCCCCCUCAGACUCUAUUGGGCCCCAAAUUCUCACCAGUCCGUCUCCUUCAAAAUCCAUUCCAAUUCCACAGCCCUUCCGACCAGCAGAUGAAGAUCAUCGAAAUCAAUUUGGGCAACGAGACCGAUCCUCAUCUGCUCCCAAUGUGCAUAUAAACACAAUAGAACCUGUCAAUAUUGAUGAAAAAUUCCCAGAAGUGGAAUUACAGGAUCAAAGGGACUUGAUUAGAGACCAAGGGUUUCGUGGUGAUGGAGGAUCAACCACAGGUUUGUCUGCAACCCCACCUGCCUCAUUACCAGGCUCACUCACUAAUGUGAAAGCCUUACAGAAAUCUCCAGGACCUCAGCGGGAAAGGAAGUCAUCUUCCUCCUCAGAAGACAGGAAUAGGAUGAAAACACUUGGUAGACGGGAUUCAAGUGAUGAUUGGGAGAUUCCUGAUGGACAGAUCACAGUGGGACAAAGAAUUGGAUCUGGAUCAUUUGGAACAGUCUACAAGGGAAAGUGGCAUGGUGAUGUGGCAGUGAAAAUGUUGAAUGUGACAGCACCCACACCUCAACAGUUACAGGCCUUCAAAAAUGAAGUAGGAGUACUCAGGAAAACACGACAUGUGAAUAUCCUACUCUUCAUGGGCUAUUCCACAAAGCCACAACUAGCUAUUGUUACCCAGUGGUGUGAGGGCUCCAGCUUAUAUCACCAUCUCCACAUCAUUGAGACCAAAUUUGAAAUGAUCAAACUUAUAGAUAUUGCACGGCAAACUGCACAGGGCAUGGAUUACUUACACGCCAAGUCAAUCAUCCACAGAGACCUCAAGAGUAAUAAUAUAUUUCUUCAUGAAGACCUCACGGUAAAAAUAGGUGAUUUUGGUCUAGCUACAGUGAAAUCUCGAUGGAGUGGGUCCCAUCAGUUUGAACAGUUGUCUGGAUCCAUUUUGUGGAUGGCACCAGAAGUAAUCAGAAUGCAAGAUAAAAAUCCGUACAGCUUUCAGUCAGAUGUAUAUGCAUUUGGGAUUGUUCUGUAUGAAUUGAUGACUGGACAGUUACCUUAUUCAAACAUCAACAACAGGGACCAGAUAAUUUUCAUGGUGGGACGAGGAUACCUAUCCCCAGAUCUCAGUAAGGUACGGAGUAACUGUCCAAAAGCCAUGAAGAGAUUAAUGGCAGAGUGCCUCAAAAAGAAAAGAGAUGAAAGACCACUCUUUCCCCAAAUUCUCGCCUCUAUUGAGCUGCUGGCCCGCUCAUUGCCAAAAAUUCACCGCAGUGCAUCAGAACCCUCCUUGAAUCGGGCUGGUUUCCAAACAGAGGAUUUUAGUCUCUAUGCUUGUGCUUCUCCAAAAACACCCAUCCAGGCAGGGGGAUAUGGAGAAUUUGCAGCCUUCAAGUAGUCACACCAUCAUGGCAGCAUCUACUCUUUAUUUAAGUCUUGUGUUCGUACAGUUUGUUAACAUCAAAACACAAUUCUGUUCCUCAAACCUUUUUUUUAAAGAUAUAAAAUUUUCAAUGCAUAAGCUGGUAUGGAACAGAAUGGAGUCUCCUUUCCAACAAAAGAGGGAAGAAUGUUUUAGGAACCGAAUUCUCUGCUGCCAGUGUUUCUUCUUCACCACAAAUACCACGUGCACACGUCUGCCCACUCCCAGGAAGAAAGAGGAGAGACCCUGAAUUCUGACCUUUUGAUGGUCAGGCAUGAUGGAAAGAAACUGCUGCUACAGCUUGGGAGAUUUGCUAUGGAAGGUCUGCCAGUCAACUUUGCCCUUCUAACCACCAGAUCAGUUUGUGGCUGAUCAUCUGAUGGGGCAGUUUCAAUCACCAAGCAUCGUUCUCUUUCCUGUUCUGGGAUUUUGUUAUGGAGCUCUUUCCCCUGGCUACCAUCAGUUAAUUUCUGAGGAAUGGAACAAAAAUGCAGCAUCCCCUUCCUGUGUGGUAUAUGUUCAGUCCUUGACAAAUUCUAUCACAGUGAAGCUCUAUUUAUUUGAUUGGAGGUUGAGCAGUAAGGAGGAGUCUGGGAGCAGAGGAAAAGGGAAUGCUGCAUCUUCUUCCGGACCUCCCAGGUCUCUAGCCUCUGGUUGCCUUGCUCCCUGGGGCUCUGCCUAACCAUGCAGGCUGGACAGUGCUGGCACAUACCGCCUUCUUUUCUCAUUGGGUCCAGCAAUGAAGAUGAGAGUUGGGGACUUGUUUCCUCCACAAUGUAGCAAAUUCUCAGGAAAAUACAGUCUAUAUCUUCCUCUAAGCUCUUCCAGUCACUAAGUACUUAUGUGGCUACUUUGUCCAGGGCCAAAAUGCCAUGGACAGUAUCUGAUUAAAAGCCUGCAAAACUGCUUAAUAACAGUUUUGAAUGUGAGAAAUUUAUGUAAUUAAAUGUAAGGUACAGGUUUUAAUUUCUGAGUUUCUUCUAUUAUAUUUUUAUUAAAAAGAAAAUAAUUUUCAGCUGUAAUUGAAUUGGAGUGAAAUUAUAGUUCCCACCAGAAUUAUAUAGCCUGAAAACUGUAUUUUUGUUACAUAAACAACUUUUAAAGAAAGAUCAUUAUCCUUUUCUCUACCUAAAUAUGGGGAGUCUUAGCAUAAUGACAAAUAUUUAUAAUUUUUAAAUUAAUGGUACUUGCUGGAUCCACACUAACAUCUUUGCUAAUAAUCUCAUUGUUUCUUCCAAUUGAUUCCAACACUACAUCCUACAUCCACUUUCUAGUCUUUUACCUAGAAUAUGCAACCUGAAAUAAAAAUGGUGGUAUCUCUA